AUGAUGCUUUUUUGGAUACUAAGUUUUUUAUCAAUUCCUUUGUUGUGGAUUAUUCUGUACCCUUUAUGUAUCUGUUAUUUCUACAAAUUCAAACAUGGAAACAAAGUUUAUAUUUUGUAUUUUCCAUUGUUAGGUCAAUUCAAAUAUCGAAUUGAUGGAUUAAGAUUUUAAAAAGAUGUUAUUUAUUUCAAAAGAAAUAUUGCUUAUAAUCAUCCAGAAGUAGAAUUGAUUAUCACUCAUAUUUUCAGUAGACCAUAUUUCAUCUUUAUCAAACCUGAAAAAGUAAAAUAAAUGCUAUACAAUUAUACAAAUUAUAAAAAAAGAACUGAUGAAAUAUUUAGAGAUAUUAUAGCAUGUAAAGGUCUAGUGUAUGCAGAAGGUUAAUAAUGGAAAGAUUAAAAGAGAGAAUUAUCUAAUUUUUUUACUUUUGAAUCUUUGUCUUCAAAGAUACCUGUCAUCAAACUAUUAAUUUAAGAAACAUUAUAAUAUUAAGAUAAUUAGAGAGUUAAUAUAAUAAAGUAAUGUGCAAGAAUAGCAUAGAGAACAAUGUAGAUCUGUUUUUUUAAUUAAAUCAAAGAUGAAUAAAUAAAUGGUUAACAUUUAAGUGAAGAAUUUUAAGAUCUUUCUAAAUAUUUUAUCUAUGUAAAAUUAAAAUUAAUUAUUAAGGUUACUUAUGGUAGUCUAAUCCAUUAGAUGAGAUGUUUCUUUGGAAUUAAGUCACUAUCAACAAUGAAGAGUUAUUUGAUGACAGCUUAUGAGAAACAAUUCCUUUAAAGAGUGUAUGGAGUAAGAAAUUAUAUUAAUAAUCUCAUAAAUAAUUACUAAAAAGGAUCAGAUAAGGAUGUGUUUUCAAUAUUAAUGAGAGAUCCUUUAAGUGAAGAUGUUAGGGAAUAGAUUAUUCAUUAAUAUAUUACAUUUGUAUUUGCAGGAAUGGAUACAACAUCUCAUUAAGCAGGGAUGUCAAUUUAUAUGUUAGCCAAACAUCCUUAAAUUUAAGAGAGACUAAGAGAAGAAUUAAAUAAAAUUAAUUUUGAGGAGAUUGAUUAAAAAUUAAUAAAUUCUUUGCCAUUAUUAAAUGCAUUUGUAAAUGAAUGUCUUAGAACUUAAACACCUAGUGAUGGAAUUAUUCCAAGAUUAUCUGUAAAAGAUCAUUAUGUAGGAGAAUAUUUAAUAAAGAAAGAUUGGUAUGUUGAUGCAGGAUUAUAACCAAUGAUGACUCAUCCAUAAUAUUUUGAAAACCAUUUGGAUUUCAAUUUAGAAAGAUGGUUAAAUUAAUCAGAGCCAGAAGCAUUCCUUCCUUUCUCAUAUGGUCCAAGAAAUUGUUUAGGAUAACAUUUAGCAAAAAUAGAAAUAAAAUUAAUCCUUAUUUAUAUAAUGAAAACUUAUAAAGUUAUUUUAGAUGAUUAAACUAAUUUAAUUAUGGAAUGUAAUUUCCUUUAUGCUCCAUAAGAUGAUAGAUUAGUUAAAUUUAUAAGGAUCUGA